GGUGGGCCCCGAGCUCCGGCCUAGUCGCCGCUCACCGGAUGCUGCCGAUCUGCUGGCUGGGCAGGGCGCGCAGGGGGGGCUGGCUGCGGCGGGCUCCGGGCUCGCUGCGCGGCCCGCGGCCCCUGGCCCUGGGUUCGCCGGCCUCCAUAGGUAGGGGAGAUCAGCUACCCCACGCUGACCUGACAGUGACUGCAGAGGAUCAUGUGGAUGAAGAGAGGUAUUACCAGCUGUACCCAGGGCACAUCCCCACCAGCCCUCUGCAGAAAGCACUGCUGUCUGCUGGCUCAGCAUUUAUGGCUCUCUACAACCCCUACCGGCAUGAUAUGGUGGCAGUCCUUGGUGAGACAACUGGCUCUUCAGCCCUGCGGAGCCUGAGGGACAAAAUGAGGCAUGACCCUGAAGGUUAUCAGAUCCUACAAGAGCGGCCUCGGAUCCGGCUCUCCACCCUGGACGUGACUGGGCUCCGGGGGCUGCCGGAUGGAACGUUUGGCCGAGAAUAUGUCCGGUUUUUGGACAGCAAUAGGGUUUCUCCGGACACCAGGAUGCCGGUCAAGUUUGUUGAUGACGAGGAGCUGGCCUAUGUGAUCCAGCGGUACCGUGAGGUCCAUGACCUGAUGCACACUCUCCUCGGCAUGCCCACCAACAUGCUUGGGGAGGUUGUGGUGAAGUGGUUCGAAGCUGUUCAGACUGGCCUGCCCAUGUGCAUUCUGGGAGCGGUGUUUGGCCCGGUUCGUCUCAAUGCCCGGAAGCUGCAGAUCCUGACCACAGAGCUUAUUCCCUGGGCUGUUCAGAGCGGCCGCAAUGCCAGCUGCGUCCUGAAUUUCUACUACGAGAACCGCUGGGAGCAGACAGUGGAGUCCCUGAGGGAGGAGAUUGGAAUCUUACAUCCCCCUGCUAUUUGUGUGUAAAAGUCUGGGGGGCAGGCGGGCAUAGUGGGCUUCACACCCGCAGGAUGGAUCCUCACUGGGCACCGUACGUGAGGAGCAAUGAAUAAACCCUUUGCAGGUUCAA